CAUGAGCUCCGAUUUCCCACAUUACAACUUCAGGAUGCCUAAUAUUGGAUUCCAGAAUCUGCCUCUCAACAUAUAUAUUGUGGUUUUUGGCACUGCUAUAUUUGUCUUCAUUCUUAGUUUGCUCUUCUGUUGCUACUUGAUUAGGCUAAGACAUCAAGCACACAAAGAAUUUUAUGCCUACAAACAGGUUAUAUUAAAAGAGAAAGUAAAAGAACUAAAUUUACAUGAGCUCUGUGCGGUGUGUCUAGAAGACUUCAAGCCUCGAGAUGAGCUGGGCAUCUGUCCAUGUAAGCAUGCCUUCCACAGAAAGUGCCUUAUUAAGUGGCUGGAGGUUCGGAAAGUGUGUCCCCUGUGCAACAUGCCAGUUCUUCAGCUGGCCCAGUUACACAGUAAGCAGGACCACGGCCCUCCACAGGGGCCUCUCCCUGGGGCAGAGAACAUUGUAUAGCUCAUCACACAGCCCCCAUUGCUGGAACGAUGCCUGUGUGGAGCCAGGAGGGACACAGCAGGCUCUGUGCUGGCUGCUCCAUACCUGGAGCCCCAGGAGCCACUUUCUUUGCCUCGUGAAGAACUCCUGGGCCAGCCAAGCUGGGAACCUAAGCAUCUGGGUCUCGUGACAACCAAAGCACUCUGACACUACCCCCUGCCAAGAGAAGAGGAGUGGCCAAGCCUGCGGUUCAGUCCAAGAAGCUUCCUGAGAGUCUCUGCUAGUUCUAUUACACUGUCUCCCGGACACACCUCUCCAUGGCCAGAUGAAUUUUAUCAGGCAGAAGGGAAGAGACGCAUACGUGUUAGGGGAACUGAGGGCAGGUCUUUAAAGCCCCACCCCACCCAUCCGGUGGACAGAUAAGCUGCUGCGUAGACCACGCAUGCCUUUGCAGCCACAAACCCUCCAAGCCUGAGCCAAGUAAACCAGCGGGGACGUCAGCCGGAACACAGCUGGCUACCAGCAGUUGGUGAGGCAGUGCCAACCAGGCUUUUGCGUUAUGUUCCUUUGAUAAGGCCAUCUUGAAACUCGAGGGCAUUGGGUAUAACAAGCAACAGUGCCCGUCGCCACCCCUUCCCUCUUGAAUUCCCAGCACUUGCUAUCAGAUCAUCUAAGCUGAAACAUAGAUGUGCUUGGAAAGGCCUGGUCAGAAGCCAUCUCCUCUUAUCACCUCCCCCUCCUCUUCACCAGCGAGGCCAGUCAGAGGUGGGCCCUGAGCCCACACUAUCCCUGCGCAAGCCAGAGGCCCCAGCCCUGCCCACACCCUUACAAGCACCGCGUGGUUCCCGCAUGGCUGCGGGACUCAGCCCACUGCCUCAGGAGGGGCCACUGGGAGCCCCUCCGACAGCUUUUCUCAGAAUGGCUGAUCCAUAGCCUGUCCCCUUCUUCCCUCCCUCAGUUCUCUUCCCUCUCUUGCCUGAUCUCUGUUCCUACUUAAGAAAAAAUGCCAGUCCUGUGACUUUUUAACUGUUUAUCCCAAAUAAGAUCCCUGUGUAAUUCUAAAGCUGGUGAACCACUUGGGAUUGUAAAUAGUUUCAGGAAGCUCGGCAGGGCUGUCCACCCGACAGUGUGUGCCUCAGUAUUUGGACUCGCGAUAACUGAUAGUGUCUUUAUUAGGAGAGAAAUGCAUGCUGCUCUUUGACUCUUUCUGUCCAUCUUUUCUAGAAAUGACUCAGAAUCCAUUAGGAUUUGUGAAUACUGUAUAAAUUAGCUAAGUAAAGCAGCAGUGGGCAUAUCAAAGAUUCUUUUCCACAGCCCGGCCUCCACUUGCGCCAUAGUGGGGCUCGCCUCAGCUCCUCACUGACUGCCGUGCCCCCAGUCCGAGUGGGAGAAGUUUGUCAGUGGAAAUGCAGCCGCAAAGUGAUAGCAGAGGAUGGAGGGAUCUUCACUACUCUGCUCUUGGCAGGUCUCCAGGAACACUUUCUGGAAUCUAACCCCUUAGAAUAGGAGAGGGCACCUGUCCUUGGCUCAGGUGGCAGGGGUCAGAUAAGGAGGAAAAUUCCCAUUAGCCUAGGAAAGUGCUGGGCAGAAUCCAGUUUGGAAAAUUACAAAUCCAGAACUGGUCAGAAUUGGCUGUUUCCUGCAUGUGACCUCUCCAUGGUGUGCCAACUGGACUGUUUCCUCCACAGGGCAGGGGAAGUGUGGAAUAUUUUCAUAUGAAAGCCUUAGCCUGUCUGGCAUCCAUGAAAAGAACUAUUUGUACACACCUACUGUCACCUUUUUUGCAUUCUCUGUAGCAUGAUAGACUCGGGUGCUGCAAAACUCCCAGUUUAUAGUGUGUGCUGUCAGUGACCAGUGUCAGAGCCAGGCUUGCUCUGGGUGACCCUCAUCAGUGACUGGCCAGCACCCAUCUUUUCUGUGGAACAGCCUUGGGACAGAUGUCACCUCUUUAUUAUGGAUCUGCAAUAGGGAAGAGAAUUUCCCCGGAAAGGAUUUCUCUAUCAUCUGUACUGCAGAGCAUUGCUCAUGGCUCCUGUAGGAUUCUAGCUUUUCAGUCACAGCCUUUUACUCCCCUGUGUGUCAGUACCAAGGAGACAGCCUUUCCAAGUCGCUGUACUUGUAAGGAGGCUCACUGUUUCAUCUCCCUGUGUCACACCUAGUUGUGGUUUGUUGAGGUGGCUAAGGAGGAGCACAGGACCAGGGGCACUAGUUGAGGUGGCUAAGGCGGAGCACAGGACCAAGGCACAGGUCUGACUUACAGAACUUAGGGAAAGCACAGGAAUGCUUUCACCCUGCACUGGGCACCAUCUUGGACCUACUCUGCCCAAUGAGGUGCUGCUAACAGGACCUUAUCAGCACUUGUGAAUAUGGAAUGCUUCUUAAAAUGCAUUCCUUCUACUAGAAUUAGGCUGGAAGCUGGAGCUGCAUGAGGAUUCUCUCUGGUCUUAGUCAUCUCCUUUUGGCUUGAUGUCCUUCUGCAGUAGGCCCAGUGUUAUUCAUGGUAGUUCUGGUGACUUAGCAAUACAACCCAAAUGUGUUUGCUUCCUUCAUCUGGUCCUCACUAGAACAUCCUGGGCAUCUGCACGGCCACAUAUACAAAUGGCAGGCCUUUUAUUUAUUUUUUUUUUUUAAGAUUUUUUUGCUAUAGGGCACAUGCACUCGCCGGAGAGACAGACAGGAAAGGAGAAAUCACCCCCUGGGAGGG